CCCGAGAACAACCUCCCAAGCCCGCAGCCGACCAGCGCCGAUCCCGCCGCACAAGCACCCAGACAACAUGAGCUCGUUUCCAGGAAUGCCGGGGAUGCCUGCAAAGCCUCAGGAUCCCAACGAGCCCCCGCCGGAGAUGAAGGCCCUGUUCCAGGCCUUGGGCGAGAGCUGCCCCGUCAAGGUCGCAACCUCCGGCGCCAUCGGCUUUGUUUUCGGCGGUGCGUUUGGCAUGUUCAUGUCCAGCGUGGACAUGGGCCUCAACACCGAGGAGUUCCAGAAGAUGUCGACCAAGGACCAGUUCAAGUAUACGUUCAAGGACAUGAUGUCAAAGAGUUACGCCUCUGCCAAGAACAUGGCCGUCAUCGGCGCCGUGUUUUCUGGAAGCGAGUGCAUCAUUGAAUCGUAUCGUGCCAAGAACGACAUCUACAACGGCGUGAGUGCCGGCUGCUUCACUGGAGCCGUCAUGUCUGCGCGAGCUGGACCGCAAGCCAUGGUCGGCGGCUGCAUCGGCUUUGCCGCCUUCUCGGCUGCGAUCGACUACUGGAUCCGGCACAGCGACUAAACCAGCGUUGUUCCGAGCGAACUCUUUGUGAUUUGGAGAUGAUUGCGUGGGAUCUGGAACGACGGGGCGGUUUCUACGUAUAAGCCCCUGUCGGCCCUGGGACUCGAUUGUGGUCACGGCAAUCCGCCUGAUUUGUUGCGCCUCCCCCUCAUGCUCGGUUGCAUUCGCUCUGCAUCGUCUCGAUCCCUCGACAACCUCGGACGUCGCCAAGUUCGUAGAAGGAACGGGGAGGGCGCCGCACCAGUUAUAUCUGUCUGCUGUCAUUCUGUACUCGAUCCGCUGAUCAAUAUACAUCGACUCAUCCAUCC